AUGAGCCUGGAUUAUUUUGGAGUCUGCUCUGAAGUUGUCAUCAAGGACAAUGUUGUGGUAGUCUACGAGGUGCUCGAGGAGAUGCUGGACAACGGUUUCCCCUUGGCAACGGAGUCCAAUAUUCUGAAGGAGCUGAUCAGGCCACCAACAAUCCUCCGGACAGUUGUCAACACAAUCACAGGAAGCACCAAUGUGGGAGAGCAGCUCCCUACAGGGCAGCUGUCCGUGGUGCCCUGGCGACGGACCAGCGUGAAGUACACCAACAACGAAGCCUACUUCGACGUGAUCNCUUUCAUCUUUCUGAGUGCCGUUAUAAAUUCAAACGGUUCCACAAUUACAGCUGAAAUCCAAGGGGUGAUCGAUGCCUGCGUGAAAUUGACUGGGAUGCCGGACCUCACCCUCUCUUUCAUGAACCCAAGAUUGUUGGACGAUGUCAGCUUCCACCCCUGUGUGCGUUUCAAGCGGUGGGAAUCGGAACGCAUCCUGUCCUUCAUCCCUCCCGAUGGGAACUUCCGCUUGCUCUCUUAUCACGUCAGCGCUCAAAAGUAA